AUGAGGUUGCGAUGCGGUCAGUACUUGAUAUUAAUGAGAGUAAAAGGGGGUCCAACGGUGCUUAAGGAAUGGAAAAACCAUGUGGACGAGACAAAUUUAAAGAUCCCAGCAAAGAAUCUAUUUGAGGGUCUAGGUUCUUUAGGCAACGGCGGCGCAAUGAGGAUUGCACCUGUUGCAUUAUUCUCAUACAACAAUUAUGAACUUUUAUAUUAUGUCAGAGAAGUAACGGAAAUUACACACGCACAUAAGCAAGGGAUAGACGGUGCUAUUUUACAAGCUAUAGCAAUUCAACAAAGUCUAUAUUUAAAUCCUAGUGAAGAAUUGAAUGUUACCAAUUUUGUUGACGAUCUUAUAAACAAAAUGGAUAAAAUUGAGAGUGAUGCAAGCGGAUUAUAUAAAGAGCGGCUAGGCAGAGUAAAGAAUCUACUUUCUGAGGAUGGGGAUGAUCCUAAUGAGCAAAGGGUAAUUGAAGAACUGAAUGUUAGUGACAGAGCUUUAGAGUCAGUUCCUACCGCGAUUUUUUGUUUUCUAAGAGCACAAAGGAGCAUUAAAAAUAUAGGAACUGAUAAUCCUCUCAGAAGAGCAAUUCAAUAUGCUCUCUCUUUGGGAGGCGACAUAGAUACGGUUGCUAGUAUGGUCGGUGCAAUAGCAGGCGCUUUCUACGGUGACGAAAAGUUCAGUCUGCUGCUUCUAUCGCAUUGCGAAGAAUGGGAACGAUUUCGAGAAAUGGCUGAUAGAUUGCUGGAUAUAGCAACAUCCAUUGAUACUGUUACGUCCGGCUCCGCCGUCCGCACAACACCUCGCGAACCCGCGUGCGCGCUCGUGUAAUUGAAAUAGAGCCGUGUGAGGAAGGAAAAAGGAGAUCUUUAUUACACAGAAAGAACGGCCCUCGAACGUCUGCACCAGGCAGGGGCCAAACUCUGAAUUCGUUUACAAACGUGUUAACAACAAAACACAACCGUAACCAGGCAACUUGAACAUCAUAGAGGGAAUUCGCCAAAUCGCCAGAUACUGGGCGUCCAAUAUUAGCGGGCGUAACAAUACAAAUAAAUGAAUAAUAUAUGUAUAAAAUAUAUACAGAAUAUAAACUAAUUCCAUUAUUUAUACGGUGAUAUUUCUCAUAAAAAAACUGAGUCGAAAAGCAUUAAACCAUUUUUUUCAAAUUAUGCUUUAUAAAGUAGUUAUUAUUAAUUAAAAAUUAGCCAAUCAGCAUCACUUUUUAAACGGAUGCACGUUUGUGAACCGCGUAUCUAUACUAGGGUGCGUGAAGUAAACCGCGGGUCCUAGCAGUGUCCGUGGUGUGUCUGAUUAAAAAAUGAUGCCGAUUGACUAAUCUUUAUUUAAAACAGUUUUUAAUUCAGAAGAUUGUAUGUUUUUUGGUUUUUACAUUUUAUUUAUAAUGCUCCCUUACAGAAUUUUAUUUAACAAUUUACUAUUUGGCAUACCAGGUGGCAUAUUUCUUACUAUAAAUAUCAAUUUCUAAUUACAAUACACAUUUAUAUUUUUGCUAGUUUAUGUAUUUUACACACACAUACACUCUCUCUCUCUCUUCCACGUGUUGUUAACAUAUUUCAUUUUUAAUAUAGAGGGCGUUAAUUAAAGACAGCCCACUAAGUACAUAGCGUUAUUCCUUAUAAAAAUCUGAGUCGGAAAGUCCUGAAUCAUUUUUUUCCUAUCAUACUUAAUAAUGAAUAAGGUAAGUCAAUCAACUGAGCCGCGCGUCUGGUAGUGUGCGCGAGCGCCCGGCCGCCGGCUCACUGAUGUGUGCCCGGCUAAAGGCCGGUGCUCAGUAGAUUGACUCAUUAAUUAUUAAGCAUGAUAGAAAAAAAUGGUUCAAGACUUUUCGGCUCAGAUUUUUAUAAGGAAUAACGCCAUGUACCUAGUGGGUGGUCUUUAAUUAACACCUUUUAUAAGGAAUAAAAAAUAUUUGAUAACUGAGUUAUUUGGAAAAGAAAUCUGUGUGAGUAGUAGCCAUUAUUUUUUUCAAUAUUACUAUUUGCUACGAAAUUGGACUUACAUUGAUAUAAUCGUGCUUUUAUUAGACUUGUAAUAGAAAUAGAAAAUAAUAUCAAUAUUUCAUAGGUUUCAUGUAAAUAAAAAAAAAUGGGAGAGAAGAGGAAAGACACUUCAGGAACCGCUUUUGAUGAAGUCGGUCCCAUUCUCUCAACAAUCACAGAGAUUUUAUAAGCCGCGCGAUCAGUCUGUUACUCUAUCGAAGCACACGCUAAAAGUGCAAGUUCUAGUAUACAUACGUCAAUAAUCCAAGUAUAAUAAGAUUAAUAAUUGUAUAUGGCAACGAUAUCAUAAACGAUGUCUCUUGUGUAAAGCUAAAAAUUUACCAAUUGUUCAUCAAUAUAAAAAACAAUGGCUAUUAUUUCAAUAAUACCACAUUUUUAUC